AUGCUUGUUCUACUGACAUCUGGAUAUAUUGACAAAAUUAUUAUUGCUAGAGUGUCGAAUUAUAAUACAAGAACUGGUAUAUCUCAAUGGUUAUCCACUCAAAUGUCUAAUCCAAAUGCCAAUGUUUUAUACCAAACUACUUGCUCAAUGCUAAUUCCUCAAAAUCAUAAUCAAAAUACUAAUAUAUCACAACAGCAAGUGAAUUCUUCUUACACAAUGCCGAUCCCUCAAAAUUAUAUUCAAAAUGAUUAUAAGUCACAACAACAAAACUUCUAUCAAAAUUAUAAUCACAAUACCAAUAUGUUACAACAGCAAACCAUUUCUCAAAAUCAUAAUCAAAAUACUAAUAUAUCACAACAGCAAGAAAAUUCUCCUUACACAAUGCCAAUCCCCCAAAAUUAUAUUCAAAAUGAUUAUAAGCCACAACAACAAAACUUUUCUCAAAAUUAUAAUCACAAUGCUAAUAUGUUACAACAGCAAAACUUCUCUCAAAAUCAUAAUCAAGAUGCUAAUUUAUCACAACAGCAAGAAAAUUCUUCUUAUACAAUGCCAUUCUCUCAAAAUUAUAACGCUAAUACGUCACAACAGCAAAACGUCCCUCAAAAUAAUUAUCAAAAUGCUAUUAAACAACAGCAAGACGUCCCUCAAGCUAAUUAUCAAAAUGCUAUUAAGCAACAGCAAAACAUCCCCCAAAAUCAUUAUCAAAAUGCUAUUAAACAACAGCAAAAC